GAAAGGCAAAAUCCUUCACUGCAGACAGGAAAGUCCAUUGAUGGCUUUUCCACCCAAACCACAAUAAUUAGUCAUGGUACUAAAAGAAAGCGUGAUGAGUCUCCACAGUCAUUGAUGACUACAGAUGUAGAGAUAAGAAACAAAGCAAAGCAGAUCAUUGAAGGAAUUCUGGUCAAAAUUCAGGCCAUUGAGAACACAGACCACACCGUAAAUGCUUUAAAAAACGAAAUUGUAGACAGCAUUUCAAAAUUAAAUAAAAUUGAAAAAGAUGGCAUAAAGAAGGAAACUAUAGGGAUUUUUGGAAGAACAGGAGUAGGAAAGAGCUCUCUAAUAAACGCGGUCCGGAAAAACUAUCUACUGCCUUCUGGUAAUGUGUGUGCGUGCACGUCUGUGAUUACACAGGUGGAAGCAAACCUGAACGACUCCAACUACACAGCAGAGAUUGAAUUCAUUUCUAACGAGGAAUGGGAAAAGGAGAUUGUUUCAUCAGAAAACAACAAUGAUAGGGACAACGUUAUAUCAGAUGAUAUUAAAGAAAAGAUCAUUGCAUUGUAUGGAGAUGAUGCAAGGAAGAAAACGUUGAAAGAGCUUAAGACAGAGGACAAAUAUGUUAAAAUUAACAAUGUUUUGUCUGCUGGGAAGUUAAUCAUCUCUAAAGACAACUUGUCUAAUAUUAUCAGUGAGGUUCAUCAAUACAUAAAAAACAAUGAGUCAAAACCCGGCGGCUGGUACUGGCCAGUUAUAAAGAGUGUGACGAUCAAGAUUCCUGACUGUGCUGAAGUCCUGGAGCACAUUGUCCUGGUGGAUGUUCCUGGAACUAGAGACUGUAACAAGAUCAGAGAUGACCUCUGGAGAUCUAAACUGAAGCACUGUUCAUCUGUGUGGAUCGUGAGCGACAUCAACCGAGCCGCCUCAGACAAAGACCCCUGGGAAAUAUUAGAGCACUGCAUCCAGGACUUGGGAGGAGGAGGAGAAUGCAAACACAUCAACUUCAUCUGUACCAAGACCGAUCACAUCGAUGAAGAGGGAUACAUUGUAAAUGAACAACUUGACACUCAACAAAUGACUGGACCAAAGGAUAAGAAAACAAAAUGCAUUCUUCAUAGAAACAACUACGCAAAGGAAAAAUUGAAAGAAAAAUUUAAAAAAGCUGGAAACAGGGAUUCAAAAGAGAGAUUCAUCAUUGAUGUUUUUACUGUAAGUUCUGAAGCAUUCCUGAAGCCAGAAAGAAAUCUGGAAGCUAUAGAAACCGAGAUUCCAAAGCUGAGGGAUAUUCUGAAGAAUAUUAAUGAGAACAUCAACAGAAAACUGACCAGAGAUUAUGUGAAUGAAGCAAAAGGGGUUUUGUCUUUGAUCCAAGGUGUCCAACUGGAGGCAGGUGAAAAAAUGACAAAAUCCAAUGUCCACAUUGUUUUGGAGAAGAACCUAUGCAAGGCACUGAAAGAACUGGAAAGUCAUUUUGACUUGUGUUAUAAGAAUCUGGAAGAAUGUCUCUCAGCUGGUGUAGAAGAGUCACUGAGAUCAUGUGUGAAGACCACUCAAGACAUGUUCCAUUCUGUUCGACCAAAAGAUAACAGAGGUUUUCAUAAGACUUAUCGAGCGAUGUGUGAGAGAAAAGGAACUUACUGGCCAAAAGACUGGGAUGCACCUUUAGAGUUAAACUUGUGUUUGAGCAAGCACAUGUAUGACAGCAUCGAUGCAGAGUUUGAAUUGAUAUUUCCUGUUGAUGAUAAUGUCAAGACAGGGAAAUCAUUGCAAGAACAUCUCGACAAGUUCAGCAUCAUCCAGAGUGACUCCCCAAGAUCAUUAUGGCAAAAACACAUUGAGUACUUCAUCAAAACACAGGAACACAAAGUGAAGGCAUCACUCAUCAGAUGGAUUGUUGAGAGAAAGAAGGACAUCUACUCAUCAAUUCAGAAAACCAUUCAAAUAAAAAUGACACCUAGCUAUGAAGAAGCUGCCCAUGUGAGAGGAGUAGGAGCAAUGAAGAAGAUGGAGAACAUCGUUGAAGAAACAAUUGAACGGUUACAAAAUGAAAUGUUCAGUGAGGCAAAGGUUCAAGUGGCUAAAAUGUUCACAAACUUGAAGCUGCAUGUAAUGAAGACCCUGGAGUCUGAGCUCAGGCCUUCAGUGGAGCUCGCUCUUUCACAUGUCGGGAAAAUCAGCUGGCCGAAUGUCUCCAGAGAGAUUCAAGAGCUGGAGAGACUGUCAGAACAACUGUCUUCCUGAGACGGCUAACUACAUACAAACAUAUACUUACAUAUAUAACAGUCUGGCAAAGUAAAAUAUUUUGGGGGAAACAAACAUUUGGUUCAUUUAUACAGAGACCAAACAACAAUAUAUAGAGUUAAGCAGAUGUAAGUUUUCUGUGUUGUUACGAAUUAAAACAGAACCAGACAUUUUUUAAAUGAUGGCUUUGUGUUCUUUGCUGUAAAAGUAUUUGUUCAACGCAACAAUUGAUAAGGCUCUUAAUAAGCACUUAUUAAUUCAGUCUCUCCUUUCAGCUGUCUGUGUGUGUAUAUAUACAUAUAUAUAUAUCUCCUCCAUCAGGGCAGACGUGUCCAGACCUGAUUGAUGCGAGACAAAAGUACUACAGCAGUUGCUUUGAAUGAAUACAACCAGCUGUGUUCAGCUUUCUUCAUUUAAUGCUAUUCAUUUUUUUGUGUUGUUCAUUUCUUGUAUAAUGCUUUGUAUUGUUUUAAAAGGUUUCAUUCUUAUCUCUGAUGUGUAAAAGAAACGUUUGUGUUCACGGCAGGAAGAAAGUGCUGAAUAUUUAAAUCCUGUGUACAUGAUGAUGAGGAGAAGGAUGUGUUAGAUUGAUUUAUGAGCUGAUGAACAGAUCUUCUAGAUUUCUGACAGGAUUUCUCUGUGAUCCUCUGUGAAUAAAAAGAUCAAAACAGAUGUUCGAUCGGACACUGGAUGGGUUUCUGAAGUGUUUCUCUGUUGAUCUCAGACUGAACACUGAUAGCCGAGACACUCUUCUAUUGUUUAAAGAAGUACUCUAAUGACUGGAUGCUGUCUAUGAAUAUGCUAUUGAUUACAUGUCAAUAAAAAACCUAAA